AUGUUUAUCUUGUGGGUCCCGGUGAGUUUAUUCCUCGGGUUCAUCAUUUCUCAGACGUGGAGCAUUCAGAUGUCCUGGGAAAACUGGAACGCCGAGCUGCGCAACCGAGGAAAUGGAUUCGACAAGCCGAGCUCUCAGCCUCACAUCGUUUUCAUCCUGGUGGAUGAUCAAGGCUUCCGGGAUGUUGGGUACCACGGCUCCGAGAUCAAAACCCCGACUCUGGACCGGCUGGCAGCUCAGGGAGUCAAACUGGAGAGCUACUACGUGCAGCCGCUAUGCAGCCCGUCCAGGAGCCAACUCAUGACUGGCAGGUAUCAGAUCCACACCGGCCUUCAGCACUCUAUCAUCCGAGCUACCCAAGCCAACUGCCUGCCCCUGGAAAAUGUCACCCUACCCCAGAAGCUCAAGCAAGCAGGCUACUCCACGCAUAUGGUGGGCAAGUGGCACCUGGGUUUCUACAAGCGUGGCUGCAUGCCCACCCAGCGUGGCUUCGACAGUUUCUUCGGCUCCCUGCUAGGAAGCGGGGACUAUUACAGUCACUAUAAAUGUGAAGGGCCCGGCAUGUGUGGCUAUGAUUUGUAUGAGGGGGAAGAGGCCGCUUGGGAACAGGACCGCGGCUUGUACUCAACUGUGAUGUUUACAAGAAAGGCUAUAAGUAUCUUAGCCAAUCAUGACCCUCGCAGGCCCUUAUUUCUGUACUUAGCCUAUCAGGCUGUUCAUUCCCCACUGCAGGUUCCCGCCCGCUACCUCGAGCGCUACAAGGGCAUUCCGAACCCGCACCGCCGUAAAUAUGCUGCCAUGGUUUCCUGCCUGGAUGAGGCAAUCCGUAACCUUACAUUAGCUCUAAAACGCUAUGGUUAUUAUGACAACACAGUUAUGGUGUACUCCUCAGAUAAUGGGGGCCAGCCAUUAGCAGGCGGUAGCAACUGGCCCUUGAGGGGUAGUAAGGCCACUUAUUGGGAGGGGGGCAUCAGGGCAGUAGGCUUCGUUCACAGUCCCCUAUUGGUGAACAAAGGGACAAAAUGUCGAUCUUUGGUCCACAUAACUGACUGGUUCCCUACACUGGUGACCCUGGGUGAAGGGACUUUAGAUGAAGAUCUAAAUCUUGACGGGUAUGAUGUCUGGGAGGCUAUCAGUGAAGGCCGCCCCUCGCCUCGCCAGGAACUUCUUCACAACAUUGAUCCAAUCUACAUCAAGGCCAAGAAUGGUUCAUGGAAGGCUGGAUAUGGUAUAUGGAACACAGCCAUCCAGGCUGCAAUCCGGGUGGGCCAUUGGAAGCUCCUGACGGGGGUGCCUGGCUACAGUGACUGGGUGCCUCCCCAGACGUUCUCCAACCAGCGGUUGACCAAUCGCUGGCAUAAUGAGCGUGUCCGAUGGGACCGUGGUAAGUCUAUCUGGCUGUUCAACAUAACCGCCGACCCUUAUGAGAGAGUGGACUUGUCUCAGCGCUAUCCACACAUAGUGAAGAAGAUGCUGAUGCGGCUCGCGCAAUACAACAGGACAGCAGUUCCGGUACGCUACCCAGCUAAAGACCUGCGUUCUAACCCUCAGUAUAACGGGGGUGUAUGGGGACCCUGGUACAAAGACGAGAGGGAAGAGCAAGAGGAGGAUGAGAGAUACAAUAACCUGUUCACCAACCAUCUCGGUAAAAGACGGUGGAAAAAGAAAUCACAGAACAGAAAAUUGAAAAGGAAGGUAGAAGAGUAGCCUGCCCCGUCUGUGAAAGACUUCAGUUGCUU